AUUGAAACGAAAACAAAUCUAAUGGAGAUAUUCUGAUGAUAUUGAUAAAAAGAUUAUAGAGUCUAUAAUUCCAGUUUACAGAGUUGCCUUCUCUCUCCCAGUAUGUAAUGAAAUGUUCUUUAUAGAGGAUAAAGCUGGAAAAGCUUGAAACCACUAUGGCCACAACCUCAAAUUCAAUAGGUUUAGGCUCCUUAUUAAAAUGCAGUGAUGAAAAAAUAAGUGUUGCGGUCAGGUUUAGCAGCAAUCAGAGCUACAUUGCCAAUGUAGGCAUUAAAGACACCAUAUUAGACUUGAAGAAGGCUGUGGCUCUAGAGGCAAACAUCUCUCCCAGGAAUAUCAACUUGGUUCUGGCUGGUCAACUUCUCACUGAUUCAACUCUCAUUCAGGAUUGUGGGUUGGGCUCCCACACAACGCUCCACGCAUUUUUUUGGUCAGAUGAUGGUCUGGCCUCUGGAGAUGUGUGCCUGGGCACCACUCAUAAUGACAAAAAAACAUUGCAGACUCAGCCAGGCCCAAGUAUGGAAAGCUCGUCAUUAGACACAGUUCACAACAAUGAAAUAUCAUCUGGUGUCCACUUGAAUCGUCAAGAGGAUGUUCCACAAAGAAGAGAGUCAGAUGUUGAUGGGGAUUAUUUGCUGAGGCGAUCCCUGCAACAAACUAUCUCUAGCCUUGGAACUCAACUGUCUGCCUGCACCAACAUAAGAAACUUUAGCCGAUUUCUGGUGUAUUGUAAACUUUGUGAGAGUGUACAACCUGGCAAGCUCAGACUGUGCUGUAAACAGUGUGGAAGUGGAGCAUUUCUCGUUGACAGGGGUCCAUGUAAUUGGAAUGAUAUUUCUUCAGAUACCAGUAUUAGAGGAACUUGUAAAAAUUUGAAUUGUUCAUGUGAUAUACCUAGAUUUUAUCUUCGAUGUUGUCAGCACCAUGAAGGGGACAUUGAUGGUACAGCUGUUGGGUUAAAACAUGUCCAGCCAAACUCACGGAGAGUCGAGUGCAUAAUAUGUAGUGAUGUGAUGUCUCAUGUUUUAAUAUUUCCUUGCUCUCCUGGGCAUGUGAUGUGUUUGGACUGUUUCAGACAGUACGGGAGCACCUGUCUGAGUGAAAGACGAUUUAUUGAACAUCCUUUUCAUGGCUACACUUUACCCUGUCCAGUUGGUUGUUCAGAUUCUCACAUUGAAGAAAGUCAUCAUUUCCUAUUACUUGGGCAGGAGAAGUAUGAGCGUUAUAAAAAUUUUGGAGCUGAAGAAUAUGUCCUUCAAAAUGGAGGGAUGUUGUGUCCAGGUCCAGGAUGUGGUUCUGGAUUAUUUCCUGCCACAGAUGACAGAUUAAUUCGAUGUAGAGAAUGUCAGUUUGAGUCUUGCAGAGAGUGUAGAAGAGAGUACCAUGUUGGAGAUUGUGAAGAAUAUCUAGAGUCUCUUCGUUUAGAUCUUUCUAACUUGGAAAUAAACAAUGAGAGAGCCCUGAGAGCAUCAUGGGAAAGAGAAAGUACAAAUCUGAUUGAGGAAACAACCAAAACUUGUCCAGGCUGUCAGACUAAAACAGAACGAAGUGGUGGCUGCAUGCAUCUGGUAUGUACAAGAUGUCGGACUGAAUGGUGUUGGGUCUGUGUCAAGCCAUGGAAUAGAGAUUGUCAGGCUGAUCAUUGGUUUGGCUAACAGUACUGUUAGGAAUAGAUUUAGUAAUGAAACAUUUGGCUAACAGUACUGUUAAUAGAUUUAGUAAUGAAGCAGUUGGCUAACAGUACUGUUAAUAGAUUUAGUAAUGAAGCAGUUGGCUAACAGUACUGUUAUGAAUAGUUUUAGUAACGAAACAGUUGGCUAACAGUAUUGUUAUGAAUAGAUUUAGUAAUGAAACAGUUGGCUAACAGUACUGUUAUGAAUAGUUUUAGUAACAAAACAGUUGGCUAACAGUACUGUUAUGAAUAGAUUUAGUAAUGAAACAGUUGGCUAACAGUACUGUUAUGAAUAGAUUUAGUAAUGAAACAGUUGGCUAACAGUACUGUUAAUAGAUUUAGUAAUGAAGCAGUUGGCUAACAGUACUGUUAAUAGAUUUAGUAAAGAAGCAGUUGGCUAAUAGUACUGUAUGAAUAGAUUUAGUAAUGAAACAGUUGGCUAAUAGUACUGUAUGAAUAGAUUUAGUAAUGAAACAGUUGGCUAAUAGUACUGUAUGAAUAGAUUUAGUAAUGAAACAGUUGACUAACAGUAUUGUUAUGAAUAGUUUUAGUAACGAAACAGUUGGCUAACAGUUCUGUUAUGAAACCGUUGUCAAAACGAUUCAUUUAAUUUCUUCAAGUUAGGGGAAAAAAAUGAAACAGAGAAUAGCGUCGCUAGAGGAUUAAAGGGACAGCCUUUAUUAAAACCAGUAAAUGGAAAGAUUGUCUUAGGGAUUCCGAAUAUUCAUGUGGUGAAUUUGGUAUCUGCUUCACUGCUAGACACUUCGGAAUCCAUGUUGUUAUAGCUGUUUGUAUUUUUGUCAUCAAGUGCUACUAUUUUAUGGUACUAUCACUGUGACUUAAUUUCAGCACUAACCUACAGUCAUGUAGGUUUUGAAUAAAAAAACAAAAAAAGUAGUUAGUCAAAUCUGUAGACAAUGUUUCCAAUUGUUUGUAUUGAUAAGAAACUCUUAGAGUAGUACAAGUUGCUUGAGAGAAGGAGACUGUUAGCUAUUUGUAUUUUAUAUUUUAUUAUAUACACAUACCCCUGAAUUUUACUUAUAGAGUGGCUACAAAAAUAUUGAAACAAAACUAUGAUAUCACACUGUCAAUGUUCAUAAAAUAUUGAAACAAAGCUAUGAGAGAAGUCUGCAAAUGUUGACACUUGCCAUAGUGAAUGUUUCUUCUCUGUGUUCAACAGACUUGCAGACACUAAUAUAGUGCAGAGCAGACACUAAUGUGAUGACCUAAUGUUAAUUACUGGUAUGUGUUAACAUAUUUGUACAUAUGAAGCCAACACAAAUUGUGUCUUUCAUUCAAAUCAUUGGGUUUAAAAAAUAAAAAUGCUAUUGAUUUUUCAUAUAACUGACAAUCUAAUUUGUUAUUUUUUAAAAUAAAUUUUAUAAUACCUGCA